UUCUAACCGUGUAUUUACAUGGAAAAGACUGACCUGUGGAAGCGAUCAAAACACCUCCGUCAACUUCCCGUUCAAACACAGGCCUGCUGUGUUGCUUGCCUCACAAUGGUAAGCUAAAGAUAUGUCGACAGAGAGGACACACAUACGUCAUGCAGAGUCCAGCAAAGGUCAACAAUUGCUCGAAAACCGCUGACAGUAAUCCGGGAUGUGCUGCUAGCCCGAAGAAGAAAAGUGCCAUGAAGACGUCCAGCAGCAGUAAAGUGCCUAAGGUACUUCAGAAGAGUGACAAGAAGCAGUUGACGGCGUGGCUUGGUGAUAACAAGGGUUUUAACCUGUUGUACAAAGCCUCGAGAGAUGGCUGCAGCGCUCAACUGUUUCACCAGAAGUGUGACAAUAAGGGCCCCACAGUCACGGUGCUGUACAACGCCUUGGACUGCGUCUUCGGUGGUUACACCGCCCUCAACUGGACCUCCAACGUCAGCGGCAUGUGGUUGACAGAUCAGAGUGCGUUCCUAUUCCGGUUAUACUUCAAGGGGAAGUUUGAUCCUCAAAAGUACCCCGCCAAGAACGGAUCCAAUGCAAUAUACUGUCUGGGGUCAUACGGCCCCACGUUCGGAGGUGGUCACGACUUAUUCGCGUUCAGUGGGUCAAUUCCAAAGAAUGGCCAAUAUUUCCAGGUAAACGGGAGUACCAACUUCGGCACCAGUUUCCACAUGCAGGGAGAUACCGCUACGACGGUGACGGCGGAUAACCUCCAGCUUGUCGACGUGGAAGUGUACCAGAUUACAGACGGCAAUGAUCUAAGCGAGGAGCCGUGGCGGAAGUUACCGGAACUGAGCACCAAGGCACUUAAGUCCUACAUUGACCUGUAUGCACCACUCGGCGGCCUUAAGGUGAACAAUGUUAACAUCCUGAUGAUCGGGGCAGUCGGGGCUGGCAAAUCAAGCUACUUCAACACCAUCAACUCCAUAUUUAGAGGUCACGUGACGAGUCAAGCCUGCAGCGGAAGUGCCGAACAUAGCCUAACUACCAUGUUCCGGAUGUACAAGGUGCGAUCCUCGGAGUCGUGUAUGCCCCUCAAGUUCCGGCUGUGUGACACACGUGGCCUGGAGGAGGGGCAGGGGAUGGACGACAGUGACUUGGUCGCCAUCUUGGACGGUCAUCUGCCAGACAGAUACCAGUUCAACCCUGCUGUGCCGAUCUCCCCGGACUCGGCCGGAUACAAGAAAAGCCCCAUCCUCGCCGACAAGAUCCACUGCAUCGCCUUCGUUCUUGACGGCUGCACCGUGGACGUCUUCCCGGACAAGAUUCUCCAAACCAUCAAGUCAAUACAGCAGCGAGCCAACCAGAGAGGUAUACCUCAGGUUGUUCUUCUUACGAAGGUGGACCGGGCGUGUUUGUUGGUGGAGAGCGACAUCUCUCAGAUCUUCCGCAGCGCCACCGUCGGGGAGCUCGUGGACCAGGUGGCGCAGUUGGUCGGCCUGCCACGUGCGCACGUGCUUCCCGUGAAGAACUACGAGAAGGAGAUGGAGCUGGACCAGAACGUGGACAUUCCCGCGCUGCUCAGCCUGAGGCAGAUGUUAAGGUUUGCCGACGACUACUUGUACAACUACCUAGACCAACACGAGGGCAAGAUCCACCUGUUCAGCCAGGCGUACAGAGGCAACAGGUGUCUGUCUGAGGAAUCCGUCAACUACAACUGCUGGAAGGGGUCACCUCGAAGGAGUUCCAGGGCCAACUGCCACACCUAACCCCAUCGGCAUCCUCGAACACGACACCGACAUCAUGGGUUUAUACAACAAGGUUGACGUACAGUGGUUUCAACUUUAAUAUUGGGUACAUCCUCUUUCAACCCACUGGCUUAACAGUCAAUUGUUAUAUAUGAUAUGGGGUAGCUAAUGGGGUUCGAAUGGUCUUGGAGACAUCGUUGUAUAUCCACUUGCAGUAUGCUUUCCGAUGGAAUGGUAGAAUUACCUAUUCUGAUAUAUCAUACCAAACAUAUGUUAUGCUAUAGGAUAGUCCUGACAACGUUCCAGACUAUUGAUACAAAAAGGGAAAUUUUAACUCCCCAUGAAUAAUCAACUCGCAAGAAACAGCAUCACCACAAAAUAUAUAAAAUUGAAACUAAACUUUAGACGCUAAGGUCAAAAAGAGUGUCAGUGUUUGACUGUAUUGUCAGAUUCAGAACUAUUUGAUAUAUAUGACGAGGACAUGUCAACGCAUAUUGAUAUACGCAUAAGAUAUACACAAAGUAAGACACAGAGGUUCCAGUUGGUGAGUUUGAAGUAAUACUACAUGGUGGGGACUCUUUCUUCCAAUACAGCCUGCUACAAACCAGGGUCCAGCCAUCUUCUUCUCCUUGCUGACUAAUGAAAUCAGAACACAACCAAACAAGACACGACCUAGCUACAGUACCUAGCUACAGUACCUAGCCAGUACAUCUAGCACACUGCCAAUAUGUGUUAACAUUAGACCCAGUGACAGACAAGUCCCCUUCAUUAUUUCCACGGUUGUAGAACUGUCGAAAUUAUUUUAUAAUUAGUGUUCAUUUACUGUUCGCAAGUAUCUACAUAUACAUUUUGUAUCGUAUUUUUUAUUCUGGAGAUGAAAGAAAUUCCAAGUGUGUAGUUUUCGAUGUCCAUUGUCACACAACAUAAUAUGUUCUAUAUCACACGACCAUAAUACCAACAUGCAGUGUCACACAACAUGAUAUGUUCUAUAUCACACGACCAUAAUACCAACAUGCAGUGUCACACAACAUGAUAUGUUCUAUAUCACACGACCAUAAUACCAACAUGCAGUGUCACACAACAUGAUAUGUUCUA